AUGAAUAAAUCUACUUUUCAGUCAGUAUUAAUAGUAAAGAAAUCAUUCGUUAUUUUGCUGACUUUUGUGAUGACGCAUAUUUUCAAAAUGAUCCCAAAAAAUAUUUUAAACAUGAACGAUGGUAAAAUUUCUGAAAUUCGCCAAGCGGUAGGCGAAGCAUUUUUCCUGAAUAAAGUUCAGCCAAGCCUUGACGUUAUGAGAGAGACUCUUAAUAAAUACCCCAAAGGGUCAGUUGCGCUGAGUUUCAAUGGAGGAAAAGAUUGUACGGUACUUCUCGAACUAGCUGAAUUACUUGGCGAUAAAGAACUGAAAAUCGUGUAUUUUGAAGAGCCAGAUGCCUUUGAAGAUCUCAUUGAAUUUGUGCAGACACGUCUCUCAGUUUCUCCAUUUACCAGCCUGAAGCUAUCAUCUGACAUCAGAAGAGGAAUGGAAGAAUUAGUCAGCCAAGAGAACGUCGAGGCUGUCUUUUUGGGGCAGAGAAUAAGCGACCCUUAUGCUCCUCAACAAAUCAACUCUGCAUCAAGCCCUGGAUGGCCUGUAUUUAUGAGGGUAUGUCCAAUUUUGAACUGAAGCUAUGGAGAUAUUUGGCAUUUUAUUGUCAGUACCAAGACAAGUUUUUGUCACCUCUAUGAAAAAGGCUACACAAGCUUAGGACCAAAAUCAAGAACGCGACCCAAUCCGUAUUUAGACGACAAGCCUGCUUGGCUUCUAGAAAAUUACCAGACAGAGCGGAGUGGCAGGUUUUAA